AUGGAAUGGGGAAACUAUUCUAUGUAUGCAGACUUUGUUCUCCUUGGGUUGUUCAGCAACACAAACUUCCCAUGGCUUUUGUUUUCUCUCAUCUUCCUGGUCUUUGUGAUCUCAGUGGCUAGCAAUGCUGUUAUGAUCAUUCUUAUCCACAUUGAUCCCCAUCUCCAUACUCCUAUGUAUUUCUUGCUUAGUCAACUCUCCACCAUGGAUAUCCUCUACAUUUCUACUAUUGUGCCCAAGAUGUUAGUGGAUCAAUUGGUGGGCCAAAAUAACAUCUCUUUUGCAGGUUGUACUGCCCAACAUUUCCUCUACUUGACCUUGGCAGGUGCUGAAUUCUUCCUCUUGGGUCUCAUGUCUUAUGACCGCUAUGUGGCCAUCUGCCAUCCUCUUCGUUACCCUAUCUUGAUGAGCCGCAAGGUAUGCCUGCUAAUUGUGGCUGCAGCAUGGCUAGGUGGCUCAGUGGAUGGCUUCCUAUUGACUCCAGUCACCAUGCAGUUUCCUUUUUGUGCUUCAAGAGAGAUCAACCACUUUUUCUGUGAAGUCCCUGCCUUACUGAAACUGUCCUGCACAGACACCUCAGCAUAUGAGACAGCUAUGUAUGUCUGCUGUAUCAUGAUGCUUCUAAUCCCUUUUUCAGUCAUUUCUGCCUCUUAUACUCAAAUCCUCAUAACUGUCUAUCGAAUGAGUGAGGCUGAGGGGAGACGGAAAGCAGUGGCCACCUGUUCCUCACACAUGGUUGUUGUCAGUCUUUUUUAUGGAGCUGCCAUGUACACCUAUGUGCUUCCCCACUCUUACCACACCCCUGAGCAAGAUAAGGCUGUGUCAGCCUUUUAUACUAUUCUCACACCUAUGCUCAACCCACUCAUCUAUAGCCUCAGAAACAAGGAUGUCACUGGGGCUCUAAAGAAGGCAUUGGGUCAAUGUUCCUCAAGAAGGAUAAGGGCCUUCUGA